AUGACGGGUCCCGUGUACUCUUCUGUGGGCAGUCUCAUCAUUGACAAUAUCCGAUUUGAAGAUGGUAGAGAGCAGUUGAAUAUUCUCGGUGGUGCAGGCAUCUUUGCAAUUUAUGGCAUGCGACUUUGGCAACCACGUUCCUUGUCAAAGUCCAUUGGCUACGUUGUUCAAAAGGGGUUCGAUUACCCAGAGAGUCUUGAUAAAGAAUUACAUUCCCUGGAAAUGUCGCUAAUUGAGAAGGUACACGAGGAUAAACCCACAACUCGCGGUUGGAAUUACUUUGGAGCCCACGACCAUCGAGAUUUCGAGUAUGUCCAUCCAAUCAUUCGAACCACUCCCGCCGAUUACCCAGAUGCAUGGAUAUUGUCGAUCCGUAUUGCUCACAUUAUUUCCUCCGCCGACCGGGCUAUCGAUAUUGUGAACGAUUGGCGGAAACGUGAAACCGCAUUGAACAAAACAUCGCCACCCACAGAUUUCAUCUGGGAACCGUUGCCCUGGGCAUGUUUACCCGAGAACCUUGAAAUGGCAUGUCAAGCAGCGAAAAUGGUCAACAUCUUGUCACCAAACCAUGAAGAAGCAGCAGCAUUGUUAGGGCUGGGCCUGAAGCAACUUAUUAAUCAACAUGGAUUGCACGGUGCCGUGGAAUAUUGCGCUCGACAAUUGUUCGAAAAAACAUUUUGCGGAUUGCCCGGCCGAGUCAUCGUGAUUCGCACGGGCAAACAUGGUGCAGCGGUGGUACAUUCACCCGAUACCACGACCAAAGGCCUGGUCAUUCGCUGGAUACCCGCCUAUUGGAAGGACCCCACCCAGGUUCAAGAUGUGACAGGAGCAGGCAACGCUUUUUGUGGCGGUUACGCCGUUGGGUGGAUCGAAACCAACAAAGAUCCCAUGAAGUCAUGCUUGUACGGCGCUGUUUCCGCCAGUUAUGCUGUCGAACAAGUCGGAGUCCCUGUUCGUCAUGGUGAUGAGCAAUGGAAUCAAGGACCUUCCCCAUCCGAACGUCUGGCUACCUUGCAACAAGCAUGUCAUCAAUAA